UGCUUUCGGUGUGAACAGCCCCUUAGACUGUUCUGGGUGUCUCCAUCUAGUGGUGUUACUGAAAAAUAUGUAAAGGCGAAAUUCAAAGUUCACUACCACCUUACCAGGAAGCGUAUGCUUUAUCUAUUUGUAUCAGUUUUCUAACACAGGUUGGUCUUUUGAAGACACCGUCUGUGGAACGACAACAACAAGAUAAAGUUUUUUUGUUUUUUUUAUUCUCGACUAUUUAAAUGGCAGAGGCUGUGCUCAGAGAUCACGAACGGUACAGCUGCCCAAUAUGUCUGGAUCUGUUGAAGGAUCCUGUGACAAUUCCCUGUGGACACAGUUACUGUAUGAGCUGUAUCAAUGAGUACUGGAAUAUGGAAGACCAGAAAGGAACUUGUAGCUGUCCGCAGUGCAGGCAAACCUUUUAUUCAAGGCCUUCUCUCAACAGAAGCACUGUACUUGCUGAAAUAAUGGAGACAUUGAGGGUCACAGCACUGCAAGUGUCAGAGUCUGCUCAAAGUCUUUCUGGACCUGGAGAUAUUGGAUGUGAUUUCUGCAUUGGAAGAAAGUUCAAAGCUGUCAAGUCUUGUUUGGAGUGUCUGGCCUCUUACUGUGAAGCACAUGUACAGCCCCACUAUAAUGUUCCUGCCCUGAAGAAACACAAGCUGAUCAAAGCUACUAUCAUGCCAACAUGCUCCAAACAUGACAAGCUCUUGGAGGUUUACUGUCGUACAGACCAGAAAUGUGUCUGCAUGCACUGCUUAAUGGAUGACCACAAAGGCCACGACACAGUGCCAUGUACGACAGAACGGAAUGACAAACAGAUAAAACUAGCAGAUAAUCAGACGAAACUCAAGCAGACAAUCCAGGCAAAAGAAAAAGAGCUGCAGAUGAUGAAAAUGGACAUUAAAUCCCAUUCAAAUUCUGCAAAGAAGGCAGUGGAGAACAGUAAGAAAGCCUUCAUUGAAUUAGUCCGCUUCAUUGAGCUGAGAAGCACUGAUGUGAUUAAAAAGAUAAAAGCUCACGAAAAGGCCGAUCUGGAUCAAGGUGCGAAACUACAAGAGAAGCUGGAGGUGGAAAUCAAGGAGCUGAAGAGGAGAAAAGAAGUGCUGGAGACCCUUCUACAGACAGACGACAGCAUCAACUUUCUUCAGAAUUAUGAGUCUCUGUCCUCUUCAUCUGGCUCUGAUGAUUUCCCGAGUCUCUCUUUUAAGCCGUGCUGCUCUUAUAUGGAUGUAAGCAAACUUGUGUUUGAACUUAAAGAGCGACUGGAGACUACAUUCAACCAGGAAAUAAGUGAAACAUCUAAAAAAGUUUCCGAUCUAGUCACAAAAAAUGCUCCAGUCUGCAUCAAGGUCGGAGACAGAGUCCGAGUGAAACCUUCUGUUAACACCCCAAAAUAUGAAUGGGGCAGAAAUGUCACACAUAAGAGUGUGGGUUUGGUAAAAGAUAUCAAAGGUGAUGAGAGCUUGGUGGUCGAGUUUCAUGGACAUACAAACUGGAGAGGAAUUCUCUCUGAAAUGGAGCUAGUCACUGAUGAUGAUGAGUGUGAUCCUUCAAGCAUCAAAAUUGGAUCAAGAGUACGUGUGAAAGCCUCAGUUGACACUCCAGAAUGUGGCUGGGGAGAUGUUACAAAAAAUAGCAUUGGAAUUUUAAAAGCUGUAGAUGGUGAUACAGUGAGUGUGGAUUUCCCAGAGCAUUCAGACUGGACCGGUAUGCUCUUGGAGAUGGAGCUUGCUCCUGAUGAUGACGCAGGGUCCCCCACUCAUGACUGCUUCAAGAUAGGAAACAGAGUCCAUGUGAGAUCUUCAGUGAAAAACCCAAAACAUGGAUGGGGGGAGGUCACUCACAGCAGCAUUGGUGUCAUUAAAAAAAUUCAGGGUGAGAGUUUGACUGUAGAUUUCCCUGAGCAGAUAGAUUGGAUUGGCACAGUUUCUGAAAUGGAGCUUGUGGACAAUGCUGGUUCAGAACUCUGUUUAAGCCCUGGAGCAAAGGUCCGUGUUAAACCCUCCAUCAUCACUCCAGUACAUGGCUGGGGAUGUGUUACCAAGGACAGCAUUGGAGUGGUUUUAGAUACUGAUAACACCAAAGUGACUGUGAACUUCCCUGAGCAGUCUAACUGGACAGGCAUUGUCUCAGAGAUUGAGGCUCUUCCUAAUAAUGACACACUGGACCAAGGAGCAUGUCGUGUAGAUUAAUCACAUUAACAUUGGUAAAAAAUAAUGAUUAUGGAUGAUAUUCUAGAAGCAUGACGUCGCUGUGUUGCCUGAGACCUGUUCAGUUAAACGUAAAUGCACAAUACUCAUAAGGAUGGCCUUGUCCUUACACCCUAUUAUUCAUUUUAAAAGGUAUGCUAGUAUAAAAUUGAUAUACACUCUCUGAGCACUAUAUUAGGAACACUACACUAAUACUAGGUAGGGCCUCCCUUUGCUCUCAAAACAGCCUCAGUUCUUUGUGACAUGAUUUCCACAGGAUGUUAGAAAACAUUCCUUUGUGAUUCUGGUACAUGUUAACAUGAUUGAAUCACACAAUUACUGCACAAUCAUGCUGCAAAUCUCCCAUUCUACCACAUCCCAAAGGUGUUCUAUUGGAUUCAGAUCCGGUGACUGGGAAGGCCGCUGAAGUACCAUGAACUCAUUGUCAUGUUCAUGAAACCAGUUUGAGAUGACUUUUGCUUAGUGACAUGGUGCAUUAUUAUGCUGGAAGUAGCCAUUAGAAGAUGGGUAAAUUGUUGCCAUAAACGGAUGUACUUGGUCAGCAACAUUACUCAACUAGGCUUUGGCACUCAAGCAAUUGAUUGGUAUUAACGGGCCCAAAGUGUGCCAAGAAAACGUUCCCCACACAUUUACACCACCACCGCCACCAGCCUGGACUGUUGACACAAGGCAGGUUGGGUCCAUGGAUUCAUGCUGUUGGCGCCAAAUUCUGACCCUACCAUCUGUGUGCCUCAGCAGAAAUUGAGAUUCAUCAGACCAGGCUAUGUUUUUCCAGUCUUUAACUGUCCAGUUUUGUAGAGUGUGUGCCCACUGCAGCCUCAGCUUUCUUGGCUGACAGAAGUGAAACCCGACGUAGUCUUCUGCUUUUGUAACCCAUCCGCCUUAAGGUUCAAUGUGUUGUGCACUCUGAGAUGCUAUUUUGCUCAGUACAAUUGCACGGAGGAGUUAUCUGAGUUACCGUAGCAUUUCUGUCAGCUCGAACCAGUCUGGCCAUUCUCUAUUGACCUCUCUCAUCCAUAGGGGGUUUCCGUCCGCAGAACUGCUGCUCACUGGAUGUUUUUUUUUUUUUUUUGGCACAAUUCUGAGUAAACUCUAAAGACUGUUGUGUGUGAAAAUCCCAGGAGAUCAGCAGUUACAGAAUUACUCAAACCAGCCCAUCUGCACCAACAAUCAUGCCACAGUCGAAAUCAAUGAGAUCACAUUUUACCCCAUUCUGAUGGUUGAUGUAAACAUUAACUGAAGCUCCUGACCCAUAUCUGCAUGAUUUUAUGCAUUGCGCUGCUGCUACAUAAUUGGCUGAUUAGAUAAUCGCAUGAAUAAGUAGGUGUACAGGUUUUCCUAAUAAAGCACUCAGUGAGUGUAUAUAUAUAUAUAUAUAUAUAUAUAUAUAUAUAUAUAUAUAUAUAUAUAUAUAUAUAUAUAUAUACACACACUACCAUUAAAAAGUUUGGGGUCACUUGCCUGAAAUGUUUCUCAUGAUCUUAAAAAUCUUUUGAUCUGAAGGCGUAUGCUUAAAUGUUUGAAAUUAGUUUUGUUGACAAAAAAUAUAAUUGUGCCAACAUAUUAAUUUAUUUAAUUACAAAACUAAAAUUUUAUUUAAAUAAAAAAAGUUUUUGAAAUGGAUAACUUGGACCAAAUAAUUAAGAAAAGCAGCCACUAAGUGCCCAGCAUAUAGAUGGGAACUCCUUCAAUACUGUUUAAAAAGCAUCCCAGGGUGAUACCUCAAGAAGUUGGUUGAGAAAAUGCCAAGAGUACAUUUCUGCAAAAUCUAGGCAAAAUGUGGCCACUUUGAAGAUGCUAAAAUAUAACAUAGUUUUGAUUUAUAUUUUUUUAGUCACAACAUAAUUCCCAUAUUUCCAUUUCUAUUAUUCCAUAGUUGUGAUGACUUUACUAUUAUUCUAAAAUGUGAAAAAAAAAUUAAAAAAAAUAAAGAAUGAGUAAGUGACCCUAAACCUUUGAACGGUAGUGUAUAUCAGUACUGUGCAAACGUCUGAGGAACUGUUUCACAAAAACAUUUGUCUUAAGAUGGUUAUUUUACAGUAUAUCUUCAUAGUGUGUCAAUAAGAAAUAUCAGUUUUACAUUUCUGAACAUUUCUUAUGCAAAUAGAAGUAGAACAAAGAGUUCUGCAACAGAUUCAAAAUCUCAGCAUCAUUGAGUCUGGGAGUUCAUGAAGAGACAGAAGUAAUUGAGACCUAAAUACACAGAACUGUGGCAAGUUAUCUAAGAUGCUUGGAGCAACCUUGAAAAUCUGUGCACAAGUGUACCUAGAAGAAUUGGUGCUGUUUUAAAGAUACAGGGUGGUCACACCAAUUAUUGAUUUUUUUAUUUUUUAUUUAUUAUUUCUUUUUUUAUGUUUACUGCACUUUGUAUGAAGUUUAUUGAUAAAUGAAAAUGAUUCAUGACUUUAUUUUUGAAAACAUCCUCACAAUACAACAUUUUUUUCACAGCUGUGUAAAACUUUUGCACAGUAUUGUGUGUAUAGAUAGAUAGAUAGAUAGUAAAUGGCAUAGUGUGACGAGGAGGAGGGUGUGGCCGGGCCAUGAUGGUGCACGGCCGGCACUGAAUCAGCUGAUCAGCAGGAGAGCGAGAUAAAGGGGAGCCGGAGGCGCCAGUUCGAGAGAGAGAGACGCACGCGGCAUGUGUGUCUGUGUUCGUUUAUGUUUUAUGUUGUUUUAAGUUAAUUUAUUUCAUUAAAGUUUAUGUUGACUGUUUAGCCGGUUCCCGCCUCCUCGUCACACUUGGUUUCAUUUAGCCUUUUUCAUAAGUUGCUUAUGGCCUCAGAAUUGUUAUUUCUAUUAAUUACUGUAAAUAAUUAUUAAGAAUAAUUGCAAAUUCUGUAAAAUUAUUAUUCCCCCCCCCAUUUUGGCAUGUUUUCAAGGGGAUAAAUAAAAAUGUUGCCAAUUA